UUUCAGCACUAAACAGAUAAAAAAGUUUUCCAAUCGCAUUUUAGCCUUAUUAAGCUGCAACAAGCUGUUCCGAACAACACUCAUAAUUUUUGAACGGUUUCAUUACAAUACAAGUCAACAUGGUUUGGAUCGAAGCCGACCGGAGCAGUUCCUUGGAAUAUGAUUCCUUCUUUCGGCUGCCAAAAAUCUUCGGCCUUCUUAACGGCGUGGUUUACAACGACGAGAAGCCUAGCUCUAAGUGGUCCAAAGCAAAAAACGUCUAUUUCUGGAUUUCCCUAAUGCACAGCAUUCUAGUGGCUGUUUUGGAAUUGGUAUACCUGGCCAAAUCUGUUGAACAAAAUGCCGAUUUUGUUUUCAUCAUGAGCCUGGUUCCACUGGUGGGACACGGUAUACUGGCUAUUGUCAAGCUAUCCGUCCAGAAAUAUUACCACAAGGAAAUAAACAGCAUUCUGAUUAGCCUGAAGGGCAUCUAUCCUAGCACGCUGGACGAUACUAUCACCAAGGAUUAUUCCAAGAAAAUUCUUUAUAUGAAACUGUUCGUGAUCUUCUACCUAGUUACGUUGAUCUUUUUCAAUAUAGUCCCUUUCGCACCGGUACUGCAUACGUAUUUCACUACGGGAGUUUUCGAAAAAACGUUACCAUUUUUCAUCUACUAUUGGUACGAUUGGCGCAGACCCAUCCUCUACGAAUUGACGUUCAUCGAGCAAAUUUGGGUAUCGACCGCUUCCGUGGUAGCGAACAUGAACAUCGACCUGAUGCUCUGCUCCUUGAUUCUGCAGAUCAGCAUGCAUUUCGAUGUGCUGAGCGAUCGACUUUCAGUGCUUCAGCAUAACGACCACAAAGAAUUGGCCAAAUGCGUGGAGAGACAUUCAGUAUUGCUGGAUUUGUGCUUGCGAGUCGAGAACAUCUUCUCGCGAUCGAUGUUGGCCAGCUUCUUGCUGAGCUCUGUGAUCAUUUGUCUCACCGGGUUCCAAGUGUUUGCUCAGGACAGUAUCAACAAAGCAAUACCGUAUGCGACUUUCUUAUUCCUUCAUAUGGUGGACGUUUAUUUGCUGUGCUAUUACGGAAAUCUGAUGAUGGAAAAAAGCCUUGCUGUGUCCAAUUACGCCUACGAGUCGUUGUGGUACUUGGGAAACCGCCCGUUCCAGAAGUCAAUACUGAUAAUCCUUGAGCGUGGACAACGGGCUCAAAAACUGACAGCGAUGAAGUUUAUCGAUAUUAACUUGACGUGCUUCAAAACGAUUCUCAGCACAUCAUUCUCCUACUUCACCUUGCUAAAGGUGCUAAACGAGCCGAUGGAGUAAUAAAUCGCACGAGGCAAGGCAUGACGGCUCUGUGAUGAUUGUGUUGCACAUGUUAAGCUAAUAAAGAA